GUUCCACCCCUUUGGAAAGCACAGCCUGGCGUCUGGGCUGUUCAGCCUGAGCAGCUGCUGGAGCUACAAAGCCUUUUUUCAUCCUCUGCCAGUAUGGGAGUGACAUGGCUUCCCAACCUAUCUAGGAUCCUGUGUUUUUCUCUUCAUAUUAUCCUCAUUCUUCUUCAGCAAACUACUGCAGAAAGAGAACUGAAGUUUGUGGUGGCAGUUUUCCGACAUGGUGACCGAACACCAAUUGUAAACUUUCCAACUGAUCUACACAAAGAAAGUGAAUGGCCCCAGGGAUUUGGACAACUUACCAAGACUGGAAUGCAGCAGCUGUUUGAACUUGGACGGUACAUGAGGGAAAGAUAUGCCAACUUUUUGAACAGCACAUACAACCGGAAAGAGUUUUACAUCCAAAGUACAGAUUAUGAUCGCACCAUUAUGAGUGCCCAGUCAUACCUUUCUGGCCUCUUUCCACCAACUAGCAGCCAAAUUUGGAACCCUGAGCUUCUCUGGCAACCCAUUCCAGUUCAUGUUUUGCAAAAAUCAACAGACCGGAGUCUGCAUUUUCCUCUGCCUGACUGUCCCCGUUUUGAUGAGCUUCAGAAUGAAACACAGACAUCUAGUGAAUUUCAAAACAGAAUACAACCAUACAUGGAUUUUAUACAAACAAUGGCAGUUAACACAGGACUUGAACUAAAUAAUCUUAAAAUACUAGACAAUUUCCAGCUCUGGAAUACAUACGAUACUCUGCACUGUGAGGGUAUUCACAACUAUACUCUCCCUGCAUGGGCCACCAAAGAUGUAAUCGAUAAGAUGGAAGAACUGGCAGAACUGUCCUUAUUAUCACUUUUUGGGCUUUAUAAAAGAGAAGAGAAAUCACGACUACAAGGAGGUGUCCUUGUGAAUACUAUUUUAAAUAGUAUUAAACAAGCUGCCAAUUCUUCAAAACAAAGAAAAAUGGAGGUCUAUUCUGCACAUGACACCACAGUUGGGGCCAUCCAGAUUGCUCUCAAUAUUUUCAAUGGAAAACUGCCACCAUACGCUGCUUGCCAGUUUUUUGAACUCUACCAGGAAAGCAGUGGGCGAUACAGCAUUGAAAUGCAUUAUCGGAACGACACUUCAAAGAAUCCUUACCUACUCACUCUGCCAGGAUGCACCUCUGCUUGUCCACUUGAGAAGUUUGCUGAACUAGUUUCUCCUGUGAUUACAGAAAAUUGGCCAAAAGAAUGUGGGAAGAAAGACAAAACAAAAGAUAUUUUUAUUGGAUUUGAUGUCGCUGUUGGCUUGUUGUUCAUUUUUGACCUUGUACUGCUCUAUCUCCUUUAUCAUUAUGGACGCUGCAGGCGCAGAAACAACUACCAAGACAUUUAAAUGGAAGCUAAAGAAAUGAAAGAGAGCACAGCUAGACAUCAUGCAACCCUUUAAGUUGCUUAUCUCCAUCAGUUUGGUCUGGCCAAAUUAAUCUCCAAAGCAUAUUCAAUAAACUUGAAGAGCCAAGGUAUCUGUGGCCUAGCUCCUAAAAGACUAAACAUCUGCAGUAGGAAAUACUGUAGAAAUACACUCUUGUUAAGAAUUUACUUUUGUAGUUAGACAGAAUUACUUCAAUUUCUGUAUUUAGGUUUUUUGCUACUAUUUAUCACUCUUAAGUCAACCAGUAGGGUGAAGGGAUGAUAUUGCCUGUGUUUGGGUUUUUUGUUUUGGCCUUCAGCUAAUAAAAGUCUGCAGCUUGCUUUUCAAAUUAAUUACACUGCUAUAGCUCUCGCUGAAAUCAGUUGAAACUAGAGGGAGCUCUGUCGCACAUCAAGACAUCAAGCAAGAAGCUUGGUGCAUCAGGAUUUUGGUCAGUGUCCACAACUUCAGUAAUAUGGAUAAGUAAAGACAUUAAAAUCUAUAUUGCAUUCCUAUUUUUCUGAGCUCCCAGUCAUGCAUGAUCCUUUGCCCUGCAUCUUUGCUAUGAUACCUCUGUUCUCUGUCCUGCUUCAGGUCCCUUCUAUAAUCUUUUUUGUUUGAGCCAUUCUUACAAUAAUUCCUCAAGCUAUCACUCCGUUCACUACCUUUCAUUUUCAUUUACAAUUACUCCUGUAACUUCUUGCUCUGUUCAAAAUCCCUUAUGCUAGAAAGACAUGCACUGAAAGUAAGAAAACAAUGAUUCUGGUUUUUGUGUGUUGAUAAUUUCUGUGCAAUACAUUUUGUUUAGAUUGUAAGUUCCUACGGGCAGAGCAUUUCCAUAAUUGGUCUCUGGUAUCAUAAACUACUAUCAUAAGCACUAAUAUUGCUGUAUAAAAUACUGUUUAUUGUAAUGUGUUUCAAGUGUUGAAUCAAGAUUUUUUAAUCCUGUAGUCUCGCACAGGAUAGUGUGAAUUGCUUUAUCAUGUAGAAGACUUUUUAAAAAUCAAGACAACUAUACAGACAGGUACCAACAGCAGGUUCAGCCCAACAGAUAUAAUGAGCAAUCGUGCUCAAGCUAAUGAGUCCUUUUGAGGUGCAGAAGUUUAGAGAAUGUUGAGAGAUGGAGCUGCUUAAUUCAGGCACAGGAUCACAUCAAGGUGAAUAUGCUGCUUCUGGACUGACCUUGACUCACAUCUGUUGGUUGCAACUUGGAGCCCAGGAGCCUGGGUCAGCUGCCACUGAUCUAUAGAUCAGCCCUCAAUAUUAUAGCUACAGACACAUUUAAAAUGUAAUGUAGUUAGAUGUUUUGAUAUUAAACAGCAUAAAUCAAGCAGAAGAGCAAAGGCUCACGGGAAUAUAGCACUUUCCAAACAUGAUUGCAUUUCUUAUAGUAACUUCAUCUACUGAAGUGUCCACCUUUUGAAGCAGUAUUUCCCUCUCAGUAAAAAGCUUUUACUAGUAUCCCUGACAUUUCCAGUUUAUCUGUUUAAGGAAAUAUAAUCAAGUGAUGGAUGUUUUAUCAUAUACCAAUUUGUGGCAAAGCUGUUGAAAAGAUGAAAGUCUAUCCUUAAAUCAGAUGUUUUGGAUGUCCAAGCUUCAGAUUGUAGCUAGCAGUUCUGACUCUUGGCACAAAAACUUAGAGGAAUGUCUAUAUUGCAGUCAGGCGUUACAGCAGCUCUAGGAAACAAGCCUGAGCUGGCUUGGUUACUAUUAGCAGUGUACUCACAGUUCAAAAAAGCUCAAGAGAAACUGCAAAACUUAUCCUGGCUCCUGACUAUAUAGAUGUGUGUGUGUACACACACACACAUAUAUAUAUAUAUAAUGAUUAAAAAAAAAUAGAAAUAAAAAAAUAUAUAUAUAUACGCUCAGUGAUUGCCUGAUGCUGAGUUCUGUACUACCAUGGCCACAGUGCUGCUGAUACUCACUUAAGGAUAGACUAUGUUUUUCAUUAGAGGCAGUCAGAUGCUUGACAAGUGAAGAUGUAUUGGUGACUGAUAAUGUGCAGUAAGAACUGUUUUUGAGAUAUUAAAAAGUCAGUGGGUUGCACUUCACAAGAAGUACAAUGGGACAUGUUUUUUCGAGACUGUUUCUUAUAAAAAGUACAUCCAGACAGAAAGUAAAAUGUGAAGUAUGUGAGGCAUCUUUUGUGGUUUAUGCUACUCAAUCCUAAGCUGUUAUAGAGAGUUUCAGCAGAUGAGGCAAUUCUAGCUGUGACAGGAGCUGUCAUGAAGUAAUUUUAUUGUAGGGACACCUUUUUGCUAACAGAUAGUCAUACUUGAAAAUGUCCAUGCACUUUUAGAAAGGAACCAGUGAGCACAAGUUACAAAGACUGUACUGGACAGGUUCAGAUUAUGUAACUUCAGAAUUAAUUAAGGUAAAAUAAGGAUGUAAUACAUUAGUAAUGUAGGCCCUGUAUCUCACUUACAGUAGAGAUGCUUCGUCUUGCUGUGAUUAAAUCAAGUAAAGUUUCUCCAUUGGAGUAAGAGGUUGUAAGUAUCAGAGAAGCUUCUGGCUUUUUUUCAUUUUUCAGCCAUAUUUACAAUUUGCUUAAUAUAAUCUGCAUACUGUUUGUGAUUAGAAAAUAUCUUGUCUCCAAGCAACUUCUAGCACUGCAAUAAAGUACAUUAAAGAAACAA